GCCUUUUGUCCUUUUGUCCCUCUCUCUCCCUUCAUCGACUCCAGACGACUGCCUCGUCGCUCGUUAAACCAUCAUUUGGUGACUUCUUGUCCCUAUCCGCUCCUUUAUACUGCUUUGUAGGUGUUGUAUACUUGUCGUGUCGAAAGAGGCUGGUCAAUCGACUCUCGUCUUUCCCCCAAGUUCUUGUCGUUUGAAUUAUUCACAUCUGCCCGCCUCGUUGUCCAUCUUGGGUCUCAUUUCGACACGUGGAUCAUAUUCAACAACUCAAUCUUCGGCCGUCCUCUCAUCGCGAAAGAGACACAAACCGCUGAAACCAGCCUGUCGGCAUAUCCUGGCACGUAUUCUGCAAAAGAAGAGGGCAAGAAAUUCAACCCAUCUACAGACUACAAUGAAGUCGUCUGUUGUUCUGGCCCUAGGUUCGGCGGCCUUGGUGGCGGGCCUCCAGCAGUGCACUGGUUCUUCGAAGAAUGAGGGUGGGAACUGGUUCUGUGGCGCUGUCAACCAGAUUCUCUACUCCAAUGUUGGCCAUUCGGGCUCCUACAAGGCCGUCUCGAGUAUGGGCAGCGACGGUUCUUGCGAGUAUGAGAACCAUCCCUUCUCCGGGCCCUUGGCUCCUUUCAACGAAGAGCUCACUGCUCUUUUCCGUGGCCCCAUGAAUCUUGCUCAGUUCGCCGUUUACAACGUCAGCCCCAUCAGCAAGCGCGACACCACGUCUCAGCCGUCUAUGCACGCGCGCCGCCACGGUCACCAACAUCUCCAUCAGAGACAUGCCGAGAAGAAACGCGCCGAGGCCAAGUUCUCCAAGUCCACUCGGCCCAAGCCUGAGGAGCUCGAACCCGUAGCUGAGCCCGAGCCCGAGCCUGAGCCUGAGCCCGAGCCUACUGAGGCCCCUUCAAGCCCCGCCCCUCCCAAGCCGACCUCGACUUCGUCCGCCUCCGACUCGACUGCCACUGGCGAUUAUAACCGCAUUGGCUACUACAAUGCCAAGCAGGGCAUUGCUGAUGGCAUCGUCUUCCUCGGAAAUUACGGCGGUGACGGUUCCGGCCAAUUCGACAGUGUCUGGGGCAACUCGCUCUCCUACAUCAACUCGAAGGCCACCGGCGGCGCCUCCUCGCCGCAGGUUCUGGACGAAGUCCUCAUCCCAUCCAACAAGGAGUUUGCUAUUUACUCGGACAAGCCCUGCGAGGGUAAUAGCUGUGGCUACUACCGUCCCGGUUCCGUUGCCUACCAUGGUUUCCCAGGCGACUCCAAGGUCUUCCUCUUCGAGUUUGACAUGCCGCUUGAUGGAGAAAGAGGCUUCAACGGUGAUAUGCCCGCCGUCUGGACUCUGAAUGCCAAGAUUCCCCGCACUGAGCAGUAUGGCGACUGCGCCUGCUGGCAGUCCGGCUGUGGCGAGUUCGACGUCUUUGAGAUUCUCGCCCCUGGCGACACCAAGGCUAAGAGUACCUUCCAUGCCGAGGUCAAUGGCGGCUCGUCCGACUACUUCGAACGCCCUGUCAACGGGAUGAUCAAGGUCGCCACCAUCUUUGACGGGCCGAGCGGUCAGGUGUCCGUUAAGAUUCUGGACAACGACGUCGAGUUCUCUCCUAGCCUCGGCGAGGAGCUCGUUCAAAGCUGGAUCGAGACCGAGAGGACUUCCGGUCUGCUCAGCUUGUUCUCUCUGCUGUCUGGCUAGAACGGCCGGACAAUGGCGGUGCCCAACAAUUUAUUUAUGCACAACUUGUACCACGGAAUCUCGAGUUUGGAGCCAUCAUCUAAAGCGGCGAAUGUUGCAGCAUAUAACGGCGGAACAUCGAGCUUGUUCGGGGCGUUUUUCCUUUUUCUGCAACUGGCUUUGGGUCAAGCAAACCAACAGCCGAGGCCUAUCUAUCUAUAUAAGAGAGUGCGAAACCUCCUAGCCGGGCAACACUUUUUUUCGAUUCGAUGAGUAUAUACAUCUUAAAACUUAAUAGCUAGUUUGUCCGCUCCCUUUGGACACGACAUCAUGAGUAUGAUGAUGGCUUGCUUUACUUUUUUUCUUUCUUUUCUCGUUCUAAGUCUUGCACUCUGGAAGCGAUGUAACUAUAGCGUGGUAUACGUCUAGGCUACCUUAGCCUUCAAUGCAAUGGUCCAGAAGCCCCUGAG